UGUGUGUGUGUGUGUGUCUAUAAAAGCUGGGGUACUGCUCACUAAUACACUUCCUCAGACAGAACCAGGACCAGCAGGCAGGAUGCGUGUGGACCUGGUGUGGCUGACGGCUGCACUUCUCUCCUUCCCUCUCAUCACACUAUGUGAGCCUCUGAACGUGUUGUUGGCCCCCAACCUGCUGCGCGUGGGUACCGACGAGAAGGUGUUUGUGGAGGCUCAGGAUUAUCGUGGAGGUGAUCUCCAAGUGAGGAUCAGCAUCAAGAACUAUCCACAGAAAACGACGGAAUUCAUAUCGGCAACCACCACCCUCACUAAGGCCAAAAACUUCCAGUCUGAGGUUAAAAUAAAGAUUCCCGACAAUAAGGGUUUCUUUAGCGAUGACCCUCUUGAGAAGCAGUACGUGUACCUUCAGGCUCAGUUUCCUUCCAGCUUGCUGGAGAAAGUGGUGUUGGUGUCCUUUCUAUCUGGGUUUAUAUUUGUUCAAACUGACAAGAGCAUCUACACACCUGGAACAACAGUUUAUUUCAGGGUCUUCUCAUUGAGUCCUGAACUGAUCCCUGCUGACCAGCCCGGAGGAGUGGAUGUGGACAUCAUAAAUCCUCAUGGAAUCCCAAUCAAAAGGGAAACCUUGCACCCAAAGCAAGGGUUCGUAAAAGGAGAAUACAAAAUCCCCGAAGUCGUGAAAUUUGGGAUAUGGUCUAUAGCAGCACAGUAUAAAAACACCCCACAGAAGAAUUUCACUGCUGAAUUUGAAGUUAAAGAAUACGUGCUUCCAAGCUUUGAGGUAGCAUUAAAACCAUCCAAGGCUUUUUUCUAUGUGGAUGAUGAGCAGUUUGGGGUAGAAAUCACUGCUAAGUACCUGUUUGGAAAAAAUGUGGACGGUGUUGCAUUUGUGGUGUUUGGAGUGAGGAAGGAUGAUAAAAAGAUCCCCCUGCCUGGUUCCUUAAGCAGAGAAACGAUCACUAAUGGAGUGGGACGUGCAGUACUCACUAAAGCCAAGAUUCAGCAGUCCAUCCAAAAUAUUAAUGACCUAGAGGGAGGCUCUUUGUUCAUAUCAGUCAGUGUUUUAACUCAGACUGGUAGUGAAAUGGUUGAAGCAGAAAGGGGGGGCAUUCAAAUUGUGAAAUCACCCUACACCAUCGAGUUCAAGAAAACACCCAAAUACUUCCACCCUGGAAUGUCUUUCGAUGUUGCGGUUUAUGUGACCAAUCCGGACCAGUCUCCUGCUGAAGAUGUGGAUGUGGUCAUCAAGGUCGAUCAGGAUCAGCGUGAAGUGAAGGGACGGACUAAAAGUAACGGCAUGGCCAAGGUCAUAGUGAACACCCAGGGAGGAUGGAACACUGUAGACAUCACUGCAAGGACCGAUGACCCAGGCAUAUCAGCUGAAAGACAAGCUCAGAACAAGAUGAUAGCUGAGGCUUACACUACCAAAGGAGGCUCCGGGAAUUACCUACAUAUAAGUGCUGAUUCUGCAGAACUGCAAAUUAACGAUGAGACAAAAUUCCAGCUGAACUUCAAAAGCAGUGUUCAAGAUCAAGACCUCACUUAUCUGAUUCUUAGUAAAGGACAGAUUGUGAAAGCAGAGAGAUAUAACAGAAAAGGGCAGUCACUGAUAAGUCUGUCAGAAAGGAUCACCAAGGACUUGGUUCCCUCAUUUCGACUGGUGGCUUAUUACCACGUUGGAGCUGAAAUCGUAUCAGACUCGAUCUGGGUUGACGUAAAGGACACGUGCAUGGGAACGCUGAAACUGAGUGUAAAGGACAAACCCGAUGGCAAGAUAUACGAGCCUGGUGAUGAAUUUGAUCUGGUAGUUACUGGAGAUCCGAGUGCUAAGGUUGGUCUGGUCGCUGUGGAUAAGGGUGUCUUUGUCCUCAACAAGAACAGACUCACGCAGUCCAAGAUCUGGAACCUUAUAGAGAAUUAUGACACGGGCUGUACAGCAGGCAGUGGGAAAGACAGCAUGGGGGUUUUCUACGAUGCAGGACUUUUGGUUCAGUCUGAUAAAGCAGGAGGCACCAAGGAAAGAACAGAUAAUCAAUGUCCCAAGCCACCAAAGAGAAAACGGAGAGCAGAGACUCUUGUAGAAAUCACCCAAACAUUGGUUGGUAAAUAUAAAGAUGAUCUGAAGAAAUGCUGUACAGAUGGAAUUAGGCCGAACAGGCUGGGUUACACAUGCGAACGGAGAUCUGCGUUUAUUGUGGAAGGUCCAGAGUGCAUCAAAGCUUUCCUAGACUGCUGUAAAGAGAUCCAAUCCCGCAAGGAUAAGCAAAGUCAUUUGUUGCAUCUGGCUCGCAGUGACAACAAUGAUGAUGAUUUCAUAAGCUCUGAUGAAAUUGUCACCCGGACGCAGUUCCCCGAAAGCUGGCUUUGGGAGGAUAUAAACCUGCCAGCCUGCUCAGGAAACCAAUGUACCACAACAAGCGUCACUAUGGGAACAAACUAUCUAAAAGACUCUAUUACAACAUGGCAACUUUUAGCCAUCAGUCUGUCUAAGACACACGGUAUCUGUGUGGCUGAUCCCUUUGAAAUAACAGUAGCAAAGGAUUUCUUUGUGGAUCUUAAGUUACCUUACUCAGCAGUACACAAUGAACAAGUUGAAAUCAAAGCGAUUCUGUAUAACUUCUCCAAUAAACUACAGAAGGUGCGUGUGGAAUUCUUUGAGACGGAUCAUAUUUGCAGUGCGGCCAGCAAAAAGAAGAAAUACCGUACCAUAGUUAAUGUAGACCCCAAAUCCAGCAGAUCUGUCCCAUUUGUGAUUAUUCCUAUGAAAAUUGGGGAACACCAUAUAGAGGUGCAGGCUGCAAGUUCAUCAUAUCAUGAUGGAGUAAGGAGAACCCUGAAGGUGGUGUCCGAGGGCGUGUUAACUGAACUGUUAGAAGUAAAUACGGAACUAAAUCCCUCUCAAGCACCUGGUGGAGUUCAAGUCCUGCAGUUGAGGAGUGAGGUUCCAAAUGGACAGGUUCCCAACACUGAUGCACAUACUUACAUCACUGUGGCCGGUCAGGAGGUGAGUCAGACGAUCGAGCAAGCCAUCAGUGGAGACUUUAUGGGGCGCCUGAUUGUACAGCCAUGUGGCUGUGGAGAACAAACCAUGAUCUAUAUGACUCUGCCCCUUAUUGCCACACACUACUUAGAUACCACCAAGCAGUGGGAACAAGUUGGCUUGAGUCGGCGUAAUGAGGCUAUCCAACACAUCUUAACAGGAUACACACGAGAACUUACAUACCGUAAACCUGAUGGUUCUUAUGCAGCAUGGCUAAACAGACCUAGCAGCACAUGGUUGACAGCAUAUGUGGCCAAAGUCUUUGCUAUGGCCAGUGACCUCAUAAGCAUACAAGAAGAUGUCCUGUGCAGCGCCAUCAAGUGGUUGAUUCUGAAUGUACAGAUGCCAGAUGGCACAUUUAUAGAAAAAGCUCCAGUGGUCCAUUCAGAAAUGGUUGGUGAUGUGCGAGGUAAGGAUUCUGAUGCAUCUCUGACAGCAUUUGUCUUGAUUGCUCUGCAAGAAGGAAACCAUCUCUGUGCCAAAACAGUCGGAAGUCUUCAAGAUGCUUCCAAUAAGGCCUUAGGUUAUUUGGAAAGAAGGCUCCCCUCCUUGAGCAAUCCAUAUGCAAUUGCGAUGACUUCCUAUGCCUUGGCAAAUGCUGGAAAGUUGAACAAAGAUCGCCUGCUGCAGGCUUCCUCUGACGAUGGUACUUACUGGCAGGUUGCUGGAGGACAUCACUUCUCCCUGGAGGCAACAGCAUAUGCCUUGCUGGCUCUGGUAAAAGCUAAGGAAUUUGAUACAGCAGGAAGACCUGUUAGAUGGCUCAACAGGCAGAGCAGCUCUUAUGGAGGUCACGGCACCACUCAAUCAACCAUCAUGGUGUUCCAAGCAGUGGCUGAGUACUAUAAGCAAGUAAGGGGUCAACAGAAAACAAGCUUGGAUGUAGAAGUGAAAGCAAGUGGACGAAGUUACUCUGUCAACUGGAUUUUCAAUAGCAGAAGUUCACAUCUUACACGCUCAGACAAGGUUCAGCUCAAGCAAGAAUUUAAUGUUACUGCUAAAGGAAACGGUGCUGGAGUUCUCAAAGUAAUGACAAUUUAUUAUGCUAGACCCAUAGAAAAGAAGACUGACUGCAAAAAAUACACCGUUUCUGUUGAAAUGAAGAGAGAAGCAAAGACAUCGUACAAAGAUGCAGAAGAAAGUUACGAGCUCACCAUCGACCUCCUAUAUAAAGACCCGAACAGAGAUGCCACUAUGACUAUUUUGGACAUCGGCUUGCUGACCGGGUUUGUGGUGGAUAAAAGUGAUCUGACAGACCUGACCAGUGGGAAUGACAAAUACAUCCAGAAGUGGGAGAUGGACAAGGAACUUUCUGAACGUGGCUCCCUCAUCAUUUAUUUAGAUAAGGUAUCACACACUGUUCCGGACAGAAUUGCUUUCAGAAUGCACAAGAUGAACAAAGUAGAUAUGCUUCAACCUGCAGCUGUCAGUGUGUACGAGUACUACUCUCCAGGCGAACGUUGUGUGAAAUACUAUCAUCCUGUAAAGAAAGAAGGAGCCCUGAGCAGAUUGUGCAGUAGUCAGGAGGGUCUUUGCGAAUGUGCUGAAGAAAACUGCAGCAUCCAAAAGAAACUGAAUAUUAAAGACAAAGAGCGGGAGCUGAAAGCCUGUGAAGCCGGCAUUGAUUAUGUUUACAAAGUCAAAGUAAAGGCAAUGGACCUGAACCCAAGCACAGAUUUCUAUGACAUGGAGAUUGAAGAGGUCCUGAAAGAAGGUUCUGACCAUGAUGUAGCUAAAAAACAGAGGACCUUCAUGGGUCAUGCUAAUUGCAGAGGUGCUUUCAAUUUCGUGGUCGACAAGAGCUAUCUCAUCAUGGGCCAAAGUUCUAAACUACCAAAGGAAGACAACAAGCUGCUGUAUAUCCUGGAUGAGCAGACAUGGAUCGAAUACUGGCCCACGAAUGAAGAGGGGCAAACUAAGGAAUAUGAAGAGAAUUACCUUGGCAUUGCUGCACUGAAUCAAGCCCUUUCUGACUUUGGAUGCACUACAUAAAAAAUAAAAUUCGCAACAUUAUUUUCUAUGUGAUGUAACAUUAAAUUUGAUCUUUUCACAACCCAGCCUAGCAUGAAUCCUAAAAUGUACAAGCUUUCUUUGACUUCUAAAAAGAGAACAUUAAAUGAAUCUGCUUUCCUGUGA